UGCUGCUUCUCCCUCCUCCUCCAUCCCCAUCCCAGGCAUCGCCCAUUGGUCGCGGGGGCUGCGCUCGGGGGGAGCCCUGUGAUCUUCUAUAUAACCCAUCCCUCGGUCCAGAGAGACCUCGGCAAGUCACGAGAGGGGAGAAACCUUCCCCCGAGCACAAAAAAAGCGCACACAAACCCCAGCCCCAGGAUCUUUGACUCUCCCAGGUCCUGUGGGACAUCCCGGCUGCCGAGCGGUGGGAUGGAGCCGUGAGAGGGGAAGAGACUGAUCCCAGGAGAAAGCUGCAGAUCCAACCAAGACCCAAGCAAGGACAUUCCACGAGCACUACAAGGUCUUCUACGGGCAGCUUUGCCAUUCUGUCCUCAAUGGCAAGAAUCCCAGGUCCCAUGGCUGUAGCCAUUUUCCUCACUUGCCUCUUCUCCGGGGCACACGGCCAGACCCCAAGGGCUUUCCAGGAGAGCACCGUCCCCUUUGAGGUGCUUGGCCAGGAGCAGGCUUACAGUCUGGUCCAGCCAAGCCUGUUCCAGGAUGCCAAGCUGUCAAACCACUCGGAGACCCUCCCCAGGGCCACCAGCUCCGAGCCACCCCUGCUGCCCGUCUGCGUGAAGCCUGCAGACAUCCGACACAUCUUCAAGUACAUCAACACCAUCGUGUCCUGCACCAUCUUCAUAGUCGGGAUCAUCGGGAACUCCACGCUCCUGAGGAUCAUUUACAAGAACAAGUGCAUGAGGAACGGGCCCAACGUCCUCAUCGCGAGCUUGGCGCUCGGGGACCUUCUCUACAUCCUCAUUGCUCUGCCCAUCAACGUGUACAAGCUCUUGGCCAAGGACUGGCCCUUUGGAGUGCAGGUGUGCAAGCUGGUCCCCUUCAUCCAGAAGGCCUCGGUGGGCAUCACGGUCCUCAGCCUUUGUGCCCUCAGCAUCGACCGGUACCGAGCAGUGGCCUCCUGGAGUCGGAUCCAGGGGAUAGGGAUCCCCAUGUGGAAGGCGGUGGAGGUGAUGCUCAUCUGGGUGGUGGCCAUCGUGCUCGCGGUCCCCGAAGCCAUAGCCUUCGACAUGGUGGAGCUCAGCUACUGGGAACGCCACCUGUGGGUGUGCAUGCUGGCCUCCGAGCAGAAAUCCAGCUUCAUGAUGUUCUACCGGGACGUGAAGGACUGGUGGCUUUUUGGCUUCUAUUUCUGCCUCCCCUUGGUGUGCACCGGCAUCUUCUACACCCUCAUGUCCUGCGAGAUGUUGAGCAAGAGGAACGGCAUGAGGAUCGCUCUGAACGACCACAUGAAACGGCGCCGGGAGGUGGCCAAGACCGUGUUCUGCCUCGUGGUGAUCUUCGCGCUCUGCUGGCUGCCGCUCCACCUCAGCCGCAUCCUCAAAAAGACCAUCUAUAACCAGACGGACCCCAACAGAUGUGAACUGCUCAGUUUCCUCUUGGUGAUGGACUACUUUGGGAUCAACAUGGCCUCCCUCAACUCCUGCAUCAACCCCGUGGCUCUCUACUUCGUCAGCCGGAAAUUUAAGAACUGCUUCCAGUCCUGCCUCUGCUGCUGGUGCCAGCGACCGGCUCUGAGCAUCACACCCACGGACGAGAAGGGCUCCGUUGGGAAGUGGAAAGCCAACGGGCAGGAGCUGGGGCUGGACCGGAGCAGCUCCCGCUUGAGUAACAAGUACAGCUCCUCCUAAAGCCGUGCCACCGGGGGCCGAGAGGAGAAGGCACCGUUGCCCACGAGGGCAGGACCCCUCCGUUUUCUGGCUGGGCCUGAAUCGUUUGUGCCUUCGUGCCGUCACCCACCUGGAAGGAGCUGCAGCACCUCCCGGACCCCCUGGGACUAGCUCUGAACCACACCGACCCGUCCUCCGGGCCCAGUCACCUCUGGAGGAAGGGCAUUCAGAUCCUCGUAGGAUUUUUCAUUUCCUUGCAGGAUUCUUCACUUCCUUGCAGGAAAACCAAGUGACUUGCGGCCAUUUGUCUCGGGUGGGGGAGAUGUGUGUGAAAAGGGAAGGCAGGCUGAGAUCUGGUCACCUUGAGAUGGAUGUGGGUCGAGGAGGAGAGGGAGAGGGACCACGAGUCACAAUUUCCAGCUGAAAAAGCCAAAGAAAAGCUUCGGUAACAGCCCUUAUCACCUCCCCCUGUUGCUGGGAUAGUUUGUCCCUGGGCAGAGCCAGGAUAAGAUCUGGGCACCUUGUAUGUCUGGUAGACCAUCAGUGGCCUGAAAUCUCCACCUGUUGAUGGCAGGGAGAGAGGGGCAGUAACUUGGCCUCAUGGUGUGACCAACCUGACCUGGGGAGCCCCACCAGGCCCCCUUCUCUUCACCUUUUCCUGGGAAAUCUACCCCAGGCUCCCUACCUCGUGUACGACACAGGAAAGUGAUGGGGACCAGACAUCCUGGGCAGAAGCAUCCGGCCAAACCACUGGCUCCAGCUUCCCCUUCCCCAGCUCCUGGUGGCCCGGCACCGUUGCUGGCCCAGGGGUACAUCCUUCCAGGGAAGGGUUUGGGAGCCCGGGAAAGGGAAGGCAGAGGUGGCUCAAAUCUGGAGGAGGCUGGGACCAAGGAUCUCACCUUC